CUGAACGGCGAUAGGUCCAGUCCAGAACUACUGGACAAAACUGCGCUCUGCUGCGUUCAUUGUUUACUGUUUACUUACAUUCACUGGUCUUGAACAUUUCAAUAUGAAGACUCCACAAGUCGGCCCUUGCACUGAAAUUUGGAGAACAAAAUUGGAUGAAGAAUUCUGUUCCAUGACUGUUGCUACGUUGUUCAAAGCUACUGGCCUCAGUCUUAUUGUCGGAUGUGAGGACGGGAUGGUCAGGGUCCAUGACUUUUCUGGAAACGCCCCACCAGCUCCUACGCCUCAGACAACUUUGGAGACAAAAAGUGGCCCAAUUCAGUGUCUGGUAGUUCAUGAUGUGACAAGGUUUUACCACAACGAUCUGAUUGUCGGGGACUCAUGUGGAAUGCUGACAGUUUUUUGCAACAAACAAAUUUUGUCUCGGCAGUCUCUUUCCGCUGAGAGCUUGAUAUGUGUGACAGUCAUUGAGGAUAAUGCGGGCAGUCCUGUGAUUGUGUCUUCAGAUGACACAGGGGUGAUAACUGGAGUUCAACCAACUGAGGUAUUAUGGAGGAUAAACCUCAACAGUUUGUCAAAUAAGAACCCGUCAUUGUCAGUGAAAGUCACAUGUCUUCUCUCGGCUCAAAUGACAGACCCAGCAGGGAACAAACGCCAGUACAUACUGGCUGCUGAUAAUGCCAAAAGAAUACACCUGAUCAGCAAUGGAACUGUUGUGUCAUCUUUGGUUGCCCCAUCCAACAUCACAGCAAUGACACAGGGUAGAUUUAUUCCUUCCAGUAAACUCAACCUCCCAUCAUCAAAUCCAUCUGCUUCUGAUAGUGAACAAGUGGCACUAGCUGGAGCCAAUGGGGCAGUCUACAUCAUGCACAAUUUCAACGUCACCCUGGACGACUACGUCAAUGCUAAAAGCCCAAUAACAAACUUGUGCACAGUGCAUCAGCCAGACCAGAGCUCCGAUCUGUUGUUGUGUGCCGGAAACUUCAGCUCUCUUCACUUGUACAGAGAUGGGCAGUUACUGACGCAGUUCCCUACAAAUGACUGGGUGAGCAGUAUAGCCACAGUAGAUAUCAAUGGAGACGGCGCAUUGGAAGUGGUCAUUGGAUGUAUGGACAGCACAGUAAUGGCACUUAAAUUGUAGCAUAUUUCAACAACAUUGUAAAUAAAAUCACAAGACCUG